AUGGCAACGACCGCCGCCCUCGCAGCAACAUCGUCGUCCAUUUUGCGUCGAUCCCUCUUAUACGUCCCCGCCUCCUCGCAAAAGAUGCUCACCAAGUCCUUGGCCCUGCCUACGGACAACAUCACCUACGACUUGGAGGACUCGGUGACUCCGUCCCUCAAGCAAGCCGCUCGCGAGCAGCUCAAGUCUCACCUCUGGUCUCUGGCGUCUCGCCCCCAAUCCGUCUCGGAGCUGGCCGUGCGUGUCAAUGCCGUCUCCACCCCCUUUGCUCUCGACGACUUGACUGCUCUUUCCUCGGCGCCCUUGAUCGAUGCCGUCGUGGUUCCAAAGGUUGCCUCUGCCGCAGACCUGACUUUCGUCUCCGAUGUUCUCCGCCACGCUGCCCCGGGCCGGCAUGCAGACGGCUCCGCCAAUCCCAUCAAAAUCAUCGCUCUGAUUGAAUCCGCGCGCGCUGUCAUGGACCUUGCAAGCAUCUGCCGAGCUUCUCCGUUUUUGAGCGGCCUGAUAUUUGCGGCAGAGGAUUUCGCCCUGGACUUGUCCAUUACGCGAACCCCAUCCCUCACCGAGUUUCUCUAUGCACGCUCGGCAGUCGUGACCGCUGCCAGGGCUGCCGGUUUACCUAGCGCUAUAGACCUUGUGUGUACCUCCUACCGUGGCCAGGAAGGCUCAAGCCGACUCCAGGACGAGUGCGCCAAUGGCAAGUCGAUGGGCUUCAACGGAAAGCAGUGCAUCCAUCCCAGUCAGGUCUCCACCGUCCAAGCAAUCUUCUCACCAGCGGAGCACGAGGUUGAAUGGGCAGUCAGAGUUUGCAUCGCCAACGACAAGGCUGGCUCCCUGGGCAGAGGCGCUUGGACAUUGGAUGGCAAAAUGGUCGAUGCCCCUGUCGUGGGGAAAGCGCAGGCUAUUGCCAGCAAAGCCCAGCAAUGCGGCUUUGAUAUCGACGCUCUGAGACGUAAAUGGAAAGACGAGGAGCCCGAGUAG